AUGCCUCGCGGUGUCACAAUUCCUAAUGGCGAUCCGAGCAGCACCUGCCCGUCCCCAUGGUUAGGUGGCAAUUGGGAUGGAGAGAACAAUACCAACCAGCAACUUCAAAAUACUCAUGCUUGUUCUCUACCUACGGCUCCGAUCCCACCCGUACGCAAUGAUUCCCCUAUAAGUUUGGUGGAACGUUCAAGAAGAUCUAGUAUCUCUGAGUAUUCGUCGUCAAAUGAUGGUCUAAGAAUACAGGAUUUUGAAGCCGUUCUAGCGACGUCAAAAACAAAAGAUGUCACCGUACACGUGGAAUUGAGCAUUGCCGAGGAUUUAGAUGGUCUCCUCGAGACUUUCUGUCGCCUGAAGAGACUUGGACAUUUUCUCGCUGCGGAGCAAUACUUCAAAGAAAACCUUCAACGUUACUUGGAAGUCCCUCCAGUAAUGAUUGAAUAUGCAGAUAUGCUACUUGAGCAAGGAAAUUACAAUGCUAUAAACCAACUCAAUCUAGAGGAUAGGUCUUUCCAGUUUCUUGACGAGCCUGGGUACACGCAACAUGCGAUUGAUUACAAACUCCUUCAAACUAUUGCAUCUAUUCAUUACCAUGGCAAUUUCAAGUGGGCACAAUCAUACUUCGACGAAUGGGAAACUCAUAUACAUGAACUAAUAUCAAUGCCGAUCUCUCUGUCAUCACUACAGAUACGGCACAUUCGAUACAUCCUGGAGAUACUUUCAGACAUGAAACUUCACUCCUCUUUUCUAAAGAAAUAUCCAGCAUGGAUAAAGUCCCUAUCCAAUGUGUAUGAGCGCCUACGAAAUGAAGGGAGGGUUUGGGACGUUCAUGAUCUCCUAAUAGCAGCUGCAAAUAUGGACACAAGUCACAACCGAUGGAUAGACAACGAGGUCCUGAGCAUAGAUGGGCUUUCAAAGUUCUUACAAUAUUGGACACUGGGAGCUUACGAUGAAUCAACCUAUCUCGCUCUCCUCGACGUUUUUUCUGUUCUGAGUAUCGCUUGCAUGUCUACGAAUAUUUACCCACCAAACGAAGAAAACACCGUUACAGCAAAGCGCUAUCUGCUGUGUGCUAGGGACUUAGCCACAUGCAUCCAAAAGAAUUCCCUCAGCCUUAUCAAGUCACGCCCUUAUAUCCGAUGGAUCCUUGCCGAAGAAAGCUUUACACGGAUGAGUAAUAGUACCUCCUCAGGAGACCUAAAAAGCCAUUUAGCCAAUUUCCCAGGAAUUGUCAUAUGGGUUUCUACUCUUCCAAUAUACAUUCCACUGAAAAGAGAGAAUCCAGGAUGGCCAAGUUCAAGCGACAAGCCUUUCAAUAUUAGCCUUCUUACAACUGCUCUAAAGGUCUCUCAAGAGCUUCAAGACCUCCGAAUGGAGGCGCUUUGUCGGUAG